AUGUUCUUGACUGUUCCAACAGUUGUCAACAUUAUUUGGGCAUUUAUUAUUAUCUUUGAUGAAAACAAAUCUAAAACUUUCUUAGAUUGGUUCGGUCAACAUGGAAUGGUGGCAUUAAUAUUUACAGUUUUAUCAGGUGCUGAUAUUGAAGCAUUAAGUAUUCUCCAUUCAAAUAUGGCCGGGUUUGAAUUUUUCAAUGCUCCAUUUUCAACUAAAGGAAAAAAUAGAAUCUUUCGGGCUUCUUGUUUAGCCAUUUUUUUUAAAGAUAUACCGCAAGUGAUCAUUCAGAUAUUAUACCAACAAAGUGUGGUUAGAUAUGAUAUAAUUCCUCUUUUUGCACUCAUUUCUUCAUGUCUUAGCUUAUUAAUAAAUAUUAUUGGCAGAUUUUUUCAAAUAAUAAAUAUUUGUCGACACAUAUAUUUGGAUGCACCAGUUGCUGAACAAAAUUUCACUUCAGAUGAAUUAAUAUCUCAUUCAAUUCACGUCAAAGAUAAAAAAGGAAAAAAUAAAUUGACAAAAAUAAGUUCAAAGGUAGUUUUCAAGAAGUAA